ACAGUUCCCAUCAUGUUACAGGUCCCACCAUGUCCCUACAGGUCCCACCAUGUCCCUACAGGUCCCAUCAUGUCCCUACAGGUCUCAUCUUGUCCCUACAGGUCCCACCAUGUCCCUACAGGUCCCACCAUGUCCCUACAGGUCCCAUCAUGUCCCUACAGGUCCCAUCAUGUCCCUACAGGUCCCACCAUGUCCCUAGAGGUCCCACCAUGUCCCUACAGUUCCCAUCAUGUUACAGGUCCCAUCAUGUCCCUACAGGUCCCACCAUGUCCCUACAGGUCCCACCAUGUCCCUACAGGUCCCAUCAUGUCCCUACAGGUCCCACCAUGCCCCUACAGGUCCCAUCAUGUCCCUACAGGUCCCAUCAUGUCCCUACAGGUCCCAUCAUGUCCCUACAGGUCCCAUCAUGUUACAGGUCCCAUCAUGUCCCUACAGGUCUCUUCAUGUCCCUACAGGUCCCAUCUUGUCCAUACAGGUCCCAUCAUGUCCCUACAGGUCCCAUCAUGUCCCUACAGAUCUCUUCAUGUCCCUACAGGUCCCAUCAUGUUACAGGUCCCAUCAUGUCCCUACAGAUCUCUUCAUGUCCCUACAGGUCCCAUCAUGUCCCUACAGGUCCCAUCAUGUCCCUACAGGUCCCAUCAUGUCCAUACAGGUCCCAUCAUGUCCCUACAGGUCCCAUCUUGUCCCUACAGGUCCCAUCAUGUCCCUACAGGUCCCACUGGUCUCUGUAGCUGUGGUUCUGACACACGUGUGGAUGU